AUUAAGGCUUCGAUGCUCCACCUACAUAGAGAAACAAACUUGCCUUAUACAUCUCUUCGCGAGAAACCUACUCCACUCCAAAGAUAGAUCAUUUCAGUUUCAACACGUUGAAACGUCUGUGUUUUAGGUUAUGUUUUGAUCAUCGAUAUUUAAACCAUGGCACAAAUACUCACAUCACCGUUAAGUACUCAUAAAGCUCCAUUUCUAAAGGACAACCGUCAGUGCAGCUUAAGUGAUUUAGAUGUCGACAUGUUUUUGAAAAUAUCUAACUACGAGGAUACUGUCCGCCAACUAGAUAUAUAUUAUGGCAUAGUAAAAAGACAGUUAUUGAGACAUCAAAGCUGCAUCACAGGCCUUUUUCCUCAAAUUUCAAGUGACAAAGUUGUUGGCAGCGUUAGGGAAAGUAUUUACUGUGCAGCAGCAAUCUGGAGCUUGUAUCAAGCCUACAGACGAAUAGAUGAUGACAGAGGAAAAUCUUACGAGCUUGGGCAGUCAGCCAUAAAGUGUAUGCGAGGUAUACUUGAAUGCUGGAUAAAGCAGUCAUCAAGAAUCGAAUUGUUCAAGCGCAAUCAGUGCAACUUAUUUGCUCUGCAUUGUAAAUUUCAUUUAGUUACAGGCGAUGAAAUAUUUCCAGAUACAGAUUAUCACCAUUUACAGAUCGAUGUUGUUUCUCUUUACCUGAUUUUUCUGGUUCAAAUGAUAUCAUCGGGCUUGCAAAUAAUAUAUACGCAGGACGAAGUAGCUUUUGUACAGAACUUGGUAUACUAUGUUGAGCGAGCCUAUCGCACACCAGAUUUUGGUAUUUGGGAACGGGGUAGCCGUUACAAUGACGGAACACCUGAGAUACAUGCCAGUUCCAUUGGUAUGGCUAAAAGCGCACUGGAAGCCAUAAAUGGAUGCAAUUUGUUUGGAGAAAAAGGAGCAUCCUGGUCCGUUAUAUAUGUCGACAUCGAUGCUCAUAAUAGGAACCGCAGCAUUUUUGAAACAAUGCUCCCAAGAGAAUCUAGUUCAAAGAGUGUCGAUGCUGCCUUGCUUCCUACUAUUUCGUUUCCAGCAUUUGCAACUCAUGAAGAAAAUUUAUACAAUGAAACUAAGGCAAAUAUAAUACGCAGACUGCAAGGCAAUUAUGGUUUCAAACGAUUUGGUAGGGAUGGGUAUAAGACUGUGCUUGAAGAAUCACAUCGUCGGUACUAUAAGCAAGGACAAAUUAAGGAAUUUGACAACAUCGAGUGUGAGUGGCCAUUAUUUUAUAUUUUCAUGAUCAUUGAUGGCGUAUUCAAAACUCUUCCAGAGCAAGUUGAAGAGUAUCAAAACCUGUUGAAAUUGAGGCUUCAUAAAGACGUUAAUGGAGAUCCUGUGAUACCCAUGUAUUACUUUGUCCCUGAAGAAAAUAUUGAAGUAGAAAAAGCACAGCCAGGCAGUGCACUGCGAAUGUCCAGCAUCGAAGGUAGUGGGCAGAAAUCAACUGGUGAAGCAGAGAAUGGAACCCUUUACUUGUGGAAUCAAGCUAUGUUCGUAAUUGCACAGUUGUUAACAGCUGGUUUGUUGCACAUUAAUGAGUUGGAUCCAAUUCGACGUUAUCUUCCGUCUUACAAUAGGCCACGUAGAGCGGGUAGAUACUCUGCGUUUCAGGCAAAGCCCAGCAUUGGGACGCACACAGAUCUGGUUGUACAGAUAGUUUUAAUCGCAGAGUCCAUGAGGCUGCAGGCUAUGAUGGCUACAUAUGGUAUUCAAACACAGACACCUCAUGAAGUAGAACCUGUACAAAUCUGGUCAUCCACUCAAUUGGUUAAAGUCUAUGAACAACUUGGAGUCAAUAAGAAAUUAGAUCUGCGUGGUCGACCUGCGAGGCCGGUUGGUUCCCUAGGCACUAGUAAGGUGUACAGAGUUUGCGGUAUGACGGUCUUAUGCUAUCCCUUGAUAUUCGAAGUUUCUGAAUUUUAUUUAUAUCGGGAUAUGGCACUACUGAUUGAUGACAUCAAAACGGAGCUGCAAUUUGUUGGCAGAUAUUGGAGACUCUCUGGCCGGCCUACCGUCUGUCUUCUUAUAAGAGAAGAACACAUGCGUGACCCACAAUUUAAACAAAUGUUGGAUUUAUUUGCAAUGUUGAAAAAAGGAUACUGCGAUGGAACUAAAGUAAGAAUUGGACGCCUGCAAAAUCUGAUCUCGUCUUCAUGCAUUGAGCAUUUAGACUUCAUGGAUACCAUGGACACUGAUCUAUCGCUUACGCAAUUCCGACAACUAGAACAUGACUACAUUGGAUAUCAGAGUUUGACAGAUGUACCCCGGGCACUGUCGUAUUCUGAAGAAUUAAAAGAAUAUUCCAAAUACAUGAAAGAGCCAUUAUGCAACAUAUUAGACGAAAUUCGAAAUACAGAUGGACUGUAUGCUAAAUGUCAGCUUUAUGGCAUCUUGUUGAAACGUGAAGGCAUUGACUACAAAUGUAAUGGACUGACAGUGGGUGAUCACCUCAGGGGUUUGUAUCAGCAGGCUGGUGGCCUCAGAUAUUGGAUGGCAAUCCGUUACUGUAGUAGUAUGCUGCAUCACACUGUCGACAGUAUUAGUCCGUUUAUCACAGGCGUCCUUGUCAAUGGAAAACAGAUAACAGUUGGUGUGGUAGGUCAAGAAGAAACUGUGUUCGAUAAACCAAUGACUCCUGCUGAGAUCCAGUCCGUUAUGUAUUCUACGAUUCAACCUCAUGACAUAAUUCAAGCUGUCCUUCAACAGGAGGUUCUACUUUAUUGCGGUAGACUUAUCGGCACCAAUCCAGAAAUGUUUAAAGGCAUUCUUAAAAUACGUGUUGGUUGGGUGCUAGAAGCUGUCAAACUCUAUGUGCAAAUGUUUGGAAAGAACCCAAAACCCAUUGAGAACUAUAGCCCCUACGAAGUUAGACGAUUCUUGAUGAAAGUGCUGACCAUCAAGGAUUGGGCAGUUACACAGAAUUUGAGCAUAUUAGGUAGAAGGAAGAUUGAAGGAUGCCUGUGUAGAGUGCCUGCAAACUUUUACAACCAGGUAUGGGAAGUUCUGGUUCGUUGUCCUUUUGGGAUUACUGUCAAUGGGCGAGAUUUGGCCCAAAAGCCAACAUUAUUUAAUAUGACGCGAUCGGAGCUCACAUUUGCACUCCUAGUUGAAUCUAUUCUCAAUCAUAUUCCAUUACCGGAAUAUCGCCAGCUGGUCGUUGAGCUUUUGACUAUUGUGUCAACGAUACUAUUGCGAAACCCUGAGCUCAAAUUUCAGAAACAAUUAGAUCUGAACAAGCUUGUUGAAGAUGCAUUCAUCAUGUACUGUAAGGACCAGAAUAUAGAUAAGAGCAAAGACAUGACUCCGUUAUUUUCUGCACAUUUCACAAUUACAACAGGAUACCUUGCUCGGGCAGUAGUCAAUGAUGUCCUCAUUGGUGGAUGCUUUUCCACUGCUCUAAACGUACAGGACAGUGUUGAAGCUGAUGAAAUGUGUAAGAUUACAUAACUUUAAAAAGUUAAGCUCGUGUCCUUGUAGUUACUGUACUGCAUGUACCAAAUAACGUGUAUAUAAUAUUGAGUUAUAUCACAAGUGUUGGAAUUGUUGACAGAUUAGCACUGAAGUCGAAUAAAAUAAGACAUAUUUCUCCUCAUUCAAGUUUCAGCCUUUAUAGCUUCUAUACAAAUAUGCUAUUGAUGAAAACUUAACUUUGAAAAUUUAGUUGAAAAAAAAUAACUUUAUGAAUUUGGACUUUCUGAUAAAUUUAGCAAAUGCAACCAUAUAUUGUGCUAUACAAUUGUAUUAAAAUUUCAAUACAUGUAGAAUGAAACGAUGAUUUAAAUGCACAAAUUAAAAAUAA